AUGCUGCUGCACACCGUGCUCAUCGUGUUGAGCUCUCAGGGCGUCUGGAGCAGAAAGUCUGAGCCCGUCCUCAACGAGGCGGCCGCGGGACUGUUCAGAGGAUCCGACAAAUACGACUUUGCCGUCGAGGUUCCUGCCGCAGGGACGGAGUGUUUCUGGCACUUUGCCCACCAGAGUGGAAGCUUCUACCUGACGUACAUGGUGCAGUGGGUAACGAUGAUGGCCAAUGAUCACCGGCUGUUUGUGACGGUAAACUCACCACAGGGCGUUCUCGUGGCUUCAGAGAACCAGGCGGUCGGUCAGAUGGACUUCCAGACUCAGGUGACAGGUUUUUACCGGAUCUGUCUCGGGAACCACAACAACCAGUUUGGAGGUAUCAGGGUCUUUGUGAACUUCGGCGUCAUCUACGAAGGCUCCGAGGAGUCAAAGAGAGAGACGGAAGAAGGAGAGAAGGUCCUCAACAGCACUCUGGCUGGUAUUGAGGGGAGUGUGCAGAAGCUCCAGAAUCAGAUCUUCCACAUGUGGCGUCAUUACAACUUUGCCCGCAUGAGGAAAGGGAAGGAUCACUACCUCCUCCUGUCCAACUUCAACUACGUCACCUGGUGGUCAGCGACCCAAAGCCUCAUCAUCCUCCUUUCUGGAUACCUGCAGCUCCUGGUCCUCAAAAGACUCUUCCACACGGACUGCAGCAGGCCACGAUGCUGA